GUCUAUAUUUGGCACUUGCAUCUGGUCGACUGCGGAAGACCCUCUACAUUUUUAGAGCAGCCGGGGUGUUUGUGUUUCUGCUUUCGCUAGGCCUGUCGAAAUAUAUCCCUUCUUGGUGUAUAUCGUUGUCGUGUUGUUGAAUAAACCUAAAGCCUCGUACAAAAUGAGAGUGCAGGCGAGCAGCAAAAUCAUGCGGAUCUUGCGCGCACGACUUGUCGCGUCGGUCAUUCUCUUUUCGAUCGAAGCCGGUCCUGCUCUCCGUUUCGUCAGCAGCCUUGCCGUGCACAGCACGACAAGUUUGGAUAGUACCGCCAAGCAGCCAUUUGUGAUAUUUCCCUGGCGCGACAGCGUGCAACCGCUACCGGAGAGCUUGAAAAGCGACGGGGGAGCAGCUACAACGACUUCGGACAAUGAAGCUGCGAUUGAUGCAGCUGCAAUUGCAAAGUCUCCAACAGCCCAGACGAGAAAACGGCAGGAAGUAACUGCCUCGCAGAUAGGAAACCAAGACCAGCAUGAUGCUUCCGCACCAGCAGAAGCACAACCAGAAGGGGUAGUUGCAGGGAUCGCACAUCAUCAACCCUUUGCCGUUAAAAACAGCCUCACGACCGGGCAAGAAGAAGAAGUUGAUGCUAGCGAGGAGGUGACAGGUCCUGAGCGAGAACGAAUAGGUGUGCCGGUAAAUGAUGCUGAUAGUGCUACAACCGCAGCGUUACGAAACGUUUUCGUACAGAAACAGGACGCAGAUGAAGACGACAGCGCUCCACCACGAGUGCAACCCCAGCCUCUGCCUACUCCGACCGCUAGAACAAGUAAACACAGUGCUCCUGGGUCCUCCUCUCUUAGCUCCACGUGGUUGGGCGCCUUACUGGAGCGACUCCCGGAGCCACGACCUCUGAAUCUGCUCCGGACAACGCUGUUCAGUGAAGACGGCGAGAUGAAAAAUCAACAAAUAGACGAAACCAUUUCCGCCGCGAAUCUCGGGGUGAGUCGUGGUGGACCAUCUGUAGUGUCAACAACGUCUUCUCCUGCUAGUAGUACAACACCUUCGCAGAAAGAAAACGACCAAAAGAUAAACAAAAAGGUAAACCAGGGAGAACCGGCAUCGGUUCUGAAGCAAAGUUCGACCCAAACAGGAAACCCCUCGCAGGAAGUGAACAAGGCCGUGGCGCGGAGCAUUAAAGCGAACACCCGACUUUCGUCGGCCGAGCGGUUCGGGCGCAUCCUGGCGUUUUUUGCGAUGAUUUUUCACGGCACGAGCUACCUGUACAUCAAGGGGCUAAAGGCCGAGGAAUACCGGCAGAUGGGCCUGAACACCCACCCCUUUCUGUACUACGAGCCCUACCUGAUCCAGAUCUACUUCUACCUCGGCUCUCUGCUCGCGAGCACUGUCAGCUUUCUGUACUUGGAAAACGUAGCGAGUGGCGGAGGAGGAGGGGGUCAUGGAAGUGGACUUUCUCCCAGCAUGAACCCCGGCACGACAACAGCACCUGGAGGUGGUGGAGCGGCGACCACUCUUCCGCCGUCUUCGUGGCAGCACUUGGUGGGGAACAGAACAGCGGUUCUCGGCGAACGCAGUAGCAGUUUGUACGGUAACAUCUUCAAAAACGCGGAGUCUUCAACCUCAUCCUCGUCUUCCUCGCACAAUAGCGCAGGCUCUCCUACUACCGGCACGUUCAUGAACAGCACUCAACCGUUUGUGUAUGGUGACACAGGGACGGCGGAAGGAAUGGCCUCUUACCUGAUGAACGGUGGUGGCGCUGGUGCGGUCCCCGGCGCCCCGAGCUCGCAUCUUUUCCACCGGCUCGCCCUGGGCGAGCAGGAGACGCAGCUGGUGAGUUUUGUGCAGGAGAGAGAACGAGGACGUCGAGAGAUGUUGGCGCACACCGCGGUGUACGCAAAAGGCGACAUUUUUCCCGACGCGUUUCUCCAUCCGAGCGGGAUGCUGAGCGGUGCGAUGGCCGCGCUGUGUAUCAGCUGUGCCUUCAUCACGGUGGAGCACAUUGGGGUGCCGUUAAGUACCAGUCUGGUGUCCUUGACCGCGGUUUUGGGAUCGUUUUUUCUCGGUAUAGGAAGAAUUAUGAUGGGCUGGCGAUGUUGAACGACAUCUGUUACUUGUUGGUUUGUCAUUGUAUUUGUAUGGUGCUGAAAAAAUAGAAGUUUGUCCUCCCUGCGACGCCAGCCGUAGUUUCAUUCUCCUCCUGCCCCCGGUUCUAGUCUACUAAACCCGAAGGAAGCUGCGGAAGCGAGACAACUUCCGAGAUGAAUCGCAUGAUAACUACGACUUCGAUCAUCUACACCAUGAGACUCAACAACACUCUGCGCCACUGUUGCCAACAUACAAAACAUUUACAGGCUUCAACGUGUUUGAAAACGAGGUUUGGUCCGCGAAUAUGGCUCUGAUCGGCCUCACGCUCAUUCUGCUCGGUCUUUUCGGCGUGUGCAUGGCCCGCGAGCUGGGGCGGUACGUCGCUUGCUCCGAGGAAAGGUCGCCGCUGCUGCAGGUCUUUGAGCUGGACGCGUAUGCAACACACAGUGCUUAUUUCUGUACACAGCGUACUUCUACAAAUGCAUAAGAAUGCAUCAAGUACACCUUUCAUCCAUAACCAUAGAAACAAGCCGAUUCUACUUGUCAUGUUGUCAAGUGCAAUACUUACUUCGAGCAAAGGCUUGUCCGCAUGCAAGAAAAAUGCUACUGCAAGUCCUGUCCAAGUGUACGGGGAAUUUGAAUUUCCUUUUGAUAUCGCAAUUUGGGAAGUGAACAAUCGGCUGGAGAAGAAGGUCACCGGCAUUGUCCUUGCGGUGCUCGUAUGCAUUGCAAAAGUAUCUUGCUAGCAUGGAUUGCAUGACCUCAAUAAAAAAGCCAGAGCCUAAUGUCGUGCCAUGUGAGAUUAGGUAGAGGUUGAAAAAGAAAAUAUAGUCUUGCCAUGCACGCCUGCAAUUCCUACUAAUACGAUAAUUUUGCAGAGCAUAGCUCGGCGGUCUCGCGGGUGCUUUCAUGUUCGUCCCGUUUCAGAGCACGGCGUUCGCCCCUACGGUGCAGCUCGUGCAGGAAAGCACGUGGAGCAUGAGCAGUUUGCAGGACGGAUCUUUUGAGUCUGCGGCUGAGCAGGGGCAGCCCCUCACGGUCGGGAAGAUUGCAACGCUGACACACCUUUUCACGUACGUUGGUUUCACGGUGUUUGUGAUUAACAUAACUGAUAACUCUAAAUUAGUAAUAAUGCUUGAUCUGCUUCUGCCCGUAGACCUCCGAAGUAAUAAUGCUUGAUCCACUUCUACUGGGUCUUUACAUUGCACAUGACGCUCUGGCUCUGAAGAUACUAAAAUUCCUAUUCUAGCAGGCCGGUUUUCCCGACGUGCAGUUACGGAAGCAGAGCGACUGCAGUGUUUGUGUUUCAAUGAUGUUCUCAUCUCAAACAAAAAAAAACCAGUUUUCUUCCCUCCUUUGCGUUUGGCGCGAGCUGCACGGGGUGUGGAAUCUCGGUGCUGUACUACCUGACGCACUGGGAGGCGUUGCGCAUUGCGUGGAAGAAGCACCCCGACUUUUUCGAGGUGUUCUGUGCCGUCAUUGCGGGGCUAGUUUGGCUGAUCUCCGUUUUCUUCACUCUGAUCGCGAUGAGCUACGUCGGUUUUACCAUUGCCUGCACUUUUUUCCACUCCUGGAUGCUGAUCUAUUCCGCCUGGAACAUUCUGCUGUUCAAUAUCCGCAGUACAUUCAACGUUCCGCGUACGUUCACACAAAUGCGGUGUCUGCAUGAUAAAAUUUGCUCGUCCAUCCUAUUCAGCAUGACAACUGGUGCACUCUAAGUUGGCAAAAUUGGUCACGUGUUUGUGUGUACGCGUGCGGUAAAUUUGUGUUGCAUACCGAACGAGAUCCGCGGCAAGGGCUACUCCGUCUACUCCUUCGCGCAGCUACUCUCGCUGGUCGGAUUCAUGGCCCUUUGCUUGUCGAUGAACAAGUAAGUACAAGUCGGAUGCCUCAGUGUCGUCCUUGACCUAGUAGAACCUAGUGUCAGUGGAGGCAGCAGGACGAUUAAGUUGCGGUGGCGCGGACAACCGCUUCGAACUGGCGGCACGACAGAGUAAGCACAAGGGUGGAAGCGAAAGUCAAAGUGUUUGAUCUGAAAACACUUAGCGAAAAUUAUGCUGGUCAUGUGGAUGUGAUGUUACACCUGCUGGGUAUGGUGCGUCAACGUCAAUAAAUAUCUCAGCAGAUGAUUCUGCUUGAGUCUCACCUUCGUUUUAGUUUGCUGAGCUUUUCUUCUGUGACAAGGAACUCAUGCGACUAUUUUUGAAUCUGAGCUGCCAUGGCAGUGUCGAAAUCGGAUUCGACAAACAUUCACAGAUGAAUCACUCUAAAGAGAAGUUGUAUUCCUAUUCGGCAACAAAGCAGCAGGCAGCAGACUCAUUCUGUCGAGUAUUGCUAUUCAGGCGUUGGAUGAAAAAAACUGGGUUAGGAGCAGGUAUCGUAUUCAUACAUCCUCGAACAACCUCUCCCUCUAGGGGAAGCGGAGUUGCUCUACAGUGCCCGAACAUGAUCUGCGGUAAGAACGCUGAGGGCGAUAAUUAAAAAGUAGGCAUUUCUCCUGCUUCUCCGAACUGUGCCUGCGACUGGUCUCUGUGUGCCAGAACUCGCAGGAAGCUACAUAAUUUUUUUUCCGGGUUUACUUACUUCAGAUGGCGUUUCCUUUUCAUUUUUCUCUUCCUUCUAGUCUAUAAGAACUCGACGAGUGACACAAAAUUACUCCUCUUCCACCGGUCUUCUGAGAACUUACAGGCUAUUCCUAUUCGAUUAGCUUGUUUACACCUAACGAUAACAACCACAGCGGUGCUCCUGCUGGGUAGUGUGAUUUGUCUGCUUCUCGAGGUCGUUUAGCACACGCCAUCCUUUCUCUCACCGCUACUGGCUUGAUGUCCUGGCUGCUGCCACGAACUGCACGCACUCUUUUCGGAACAGCUACCUCAAUAACGAAUCGUCGAUGCAAAAAGUACUCUACUGAAACAAAUAGAACUUGAUCUAACUGCUACUUUCUACUUUGCUUUUAGGUUCGAACGACGAGUCUCUUUGGUUGUUUGGAUUAUGAUGUUUACCGACGGAGAUUAUGAACAAAAACGACGAUGAUCAUACUACCUGGCAGCGGCCGAUGAAACUUUUCCGAACGAAAGCCUUGAACUUCGUUUUUAUCUUGUCCCUACUACAAUGAGUAUUAAGUCCGGUCUGGUACUACGACAGCGACC